AUGAAGAGACAACCGCGAAAUAGCAGCACCAACAAAGACGACGGCGGCGUCAGCAACGGAAGCUUCUCAGUGUUGAACCAAACCAGGUGCCGGGAAAGCAGAAGCGAUGAUUCAAAGGACGACGACGACAUUAGCAGCGAGAACAGCAGUAGCAAAAACAAGAAGGGCAGGAAUGGUAGAGGUAGACGAAGCUUGUACGAGCUUUCUUUGUCUUUGAUCCUCUUGUUAUGGUCUCUUGUCUUCUAUACCAGGCUUGGCCUCAGCCACCAGAAUGAAGGGAAUUCGACUGGUGAUGGUGGCAACAAUAAACCUGUUCCUAGUCCUAUUUCACCUGUUCCGUAUAGAGGAAAUUACAGUCCAGAUGGAAUGGUGUUAAAGCUUAAUCUCUCUGAUAGUAGUGUCAAUAAUAACGCCCCAGCUCAUCUCGAUUUCGGCAGUUGUAAGUGCUCCCUUCCUACCAUAAAUAGAACAGAAGAGGUGCUCAAGAGCUUUUUAGGAGAUAUGGUUUUAGUAUGUAGUUUGAGAAAACCAGAAGAACUGGAAUUAGGUAACUUAAAUGAACUGCCUGGUGCGAAAUCCCAUCAUUCUGGUGCUUAUCUCAAUCUGGAUGAAUUUCGAAACAUCACGAAGCAGGACAAAGGACCAAAUGUGCCCAAUGAGCUUGCUAAUAUCACCCACCGGCUUGAGCCUGAUGGGACUGAGUACAACUUUGCCUCUGCAAUGAAGGGUGCAAAAGCAGUGGCAUAUAAUAAGGAAGCCAAAGGAGCAGGUAACAUACUGGGAAAAGAUCAUGACAAGUACUUGAGGAACCCUUGUUCUGUCGGGGAGAAGUUUGUAGUGAUUGAGCUUUCAGAGGAGACUUUGGUUGAUGUUGUGAAGAUCGCAAACUUCGAACAUUACUCUUCUAAUUUUAAGGAUUUUGUCUUGUUUGGAAGUUUGAAUUAUCCAACUGAGACUUGGACUCCACUAGGGAAGUUUGCUGCUGCAAAUGUUAAGCAGGUCCAGAAGUUUAAGUUGCCUGAGCCCAAAUGGGCAAGGUACUUGAAGCUGAAUUUGCUUAGUCACUACGGAUCGGAGUUCUACUGCACGCUGAGUGUUUUCGAGGUAUAUGGAGUUGAUGCAAUCGAGCGAAUGCUUAAAGAUCUUUUGGUUCCAACUAAAGAAUCUACUCCGAGUGAUUCUCUAGAGUUGAACGCUAUUGAAGCUCCAUCUUCAAAAUCAGAAUCAAAUCCUUCUGAGAAAAAGCGAAGUAGUGGACCAAUGGUUUCAAAAGAAGGUGAUAGUACAGGAGUAGGGAAUAAGGAAAACAGUGAUGAUGGUCAAGCAAAUGGGGUGAAGAAUACCAGCGGAGGAGCCUUGAGUGAAAUUCUUGAUCCUUUGAGUGAAGUAAGACAAAUGCAAUCCAACAGGAUACCAAGUGAUACUGUUCUAAAAAUCUUGGUGCAGAAGAUGAGGUCACUUGAGGUGAAUUUGUCUUUACUAGAGGAGUACAUCAAGCAAAUGAAUCGUAAGCAAGGUGAUGUUUUGGUCGAGUUUGAUAACGAGAUAUCGAGAAUUUCCUCGCUUGUGGAGAUCAGCAAAACUGAACUUAGCGACCUUGCAAAAUGGAAAGAUGAGAUGGAUAAAGGACUUGGGGAACUCGAGUCAUGGAAAGAUGGUGUCUCUAGUCGCUUGGAGGCACUCGGCAGAGAAAAUGACAUGCUAAGAUAUGAUGUUCAAAGGGUGGCAAACGAUCAAGCGAGCCUGGAAAACAAAGAGCUUGCCGUGCUAAUAGUCAGCUUUUUCUUCAUGUGUUUUGCCAUUAUCAAGCUAAUAUCAACAAGAUUGUCCAAGUUAUUAGGAGCCUCCUCUCAGCCGAAUAAAGUUCGCAGGGCUGGUGGAGGAGGAGGAGGCUGGGUUAUGAUACUGGUUAGCAGCAGCAUGACCAUCUUCAUUACCUUGCUCUCUAGUUAGCUUCCCCAUUUUCUUCAUCUAGCUUCUUCCAUUUUGCUGUUUUGGGUGGGUAUUUUUAGCUGUUUAUCUAGCUAGGGUUAUGUUGCUGAGAAGACACAAGUUCAUUGUAACUUCCCUAUGGCGGCAUUCUUUCUCUUGUUCCGGUAGAACUGCUGCUUCCUUUUGUUCUUGUUUGUUAUUGUUAGACUGUAACUACCUAUUACACGUCUUCAGAAACUUUUGUAGAUGCACGAAAUGAUAGAAAAGGAAAAGAAGAAAUAGAAAUAUCAGAUCUUUUAUCAACACUCCAGUCUCCAGUACACAUUUAUAUUGAAGUGAUCCUAUUUCUGAUGCCUGAG